AUGCAUGCAUUGCAGGACUCUCUGCACAUGAAGGCUCUGGAAGUGCGGGCAGCUCUGCAGCAGUCUCUCCGGUCCUUGUCUGCUAACUUGGAGGAUCGAGUGGUAUCCCUGCAGGAGAAGAUGCAAGGCAUGCAGUCCCAGGUGAAGGGGCAACUGGAAGUGGCACAACAUGGCCUGCAUGAGAACCUGGUGUCCCUGAUGGAUUACUUGUCAUUCUCUGUGCAAACCCUGGAGGAGCGCAUACACGCGCUGCAAGAACACCUUGGCGCAAUGGCCGAGUCUCUGAAAGACAAGCUGGGCACUGUCGGGCAGCACCUCAACAGCUCUUACCAGGGCCUUCAGGGCAACCUCCAUGCCCUGCAGGACAGUCUCACAGAGAAUGUGGGCGGUGUGAGGGAAAGGAUGGCAGUCAACCUGGGAUCGCUGGGGCAGAGAAUCAGGGGCUCGUGCACAAAUUUCCAGGAAAGCCUGCACAUCUUGCAGGAGUUGCUGGGGCCCGGUCCUCACAGUUUGAGGAGGACGAGCAGCAAUGUUUGGUCGAUCGUCCGGUGGCCGCUGUUUGUCUACAUGGCCGGGGCGAUGUGCUGCAUGCUCUUGUCCAGCGGAUGCCACCUUUUUGCGUGCAUGUCAAAGGACAUAUCUUCCCUUGUCUGGCGUUUUGACUAUGCAGGGAUUGCAUUGCUCAUCGUGUCAUCGUUCUAUCCACCAGUGUACUACGGCUUCAUGUGCAAGCCGAUCUGGAAGCUCCUAUACCUUGUUCCCAUAUCGCUGCUUGGUGAGGAUUCACUGGGAAGGUGCCCUGGUGAUCAUCCGACCAACAACCACCAUUAG